AUGGGCAACAACGCGUGCUCGAAAAGUCCGAUUCGACGGGACGUGCGGCAGUUCCUGCCGACGUCAUGGGACGAUCUACUCUUCCUUGAGAGAUGGGCGGCGUCGAGGUCUGUGCACUUCAUCCGAGACAAAGCGACGUUGAUCGAGUGGUUUGGCCCGAAGCGGCGGCAAGACGUCUGUGACGCCGUCGACUCUCGCAAAGACUACUUUACGUUUCCCGUGUGUGUAAACGACUUUUUGGCGGGCUUUGCGCUUGUCCAACAAGCGCCGGUCUUGCGCAAGUUUGAGUUUAUAUCAAAGCUGGCCAACACGGGAGUGAUCUGCAGCAAGGCCGAGCUCUUGAUUGCCAUGUAUUUUGGCGUGCGAGGGAUCGCAAAGUUGAAAGGGUCCAAAUUACCUCAAGACAAAGCGCUGCGAUACAUUGUGAACAACGUGUUCGACACCGCGUCGGCCAUGGACUGGGCUGUCGUGAUUCAAAAGCUCAUGGCUGUCCCAGACGUUGUGUAUUUCUUGAGCGAUUUGGAUAUGGUGCUGGUUGAAAACCUAGAAACUUUGAUCGCCGACCAGUUGCACGCGAUGAAGGAGCUUGCGGCAAUUGAGUACGAGAUUGGCGUCGCUGAGUGUAUGGCCAAGAGCGCUGCCACCACACAAUCGCAGCAUUCCCAUGAUAUCCUUCCGUUCCGUCGACCUUUGCUGGACCUGCUCACACUAUCAAACUUGCGACCACACACGACGGCCCAAAGUAAGCACGUCCAUGUGCAUAACAUUGACAAGUGCUGUCGACGCAUCCAAGUUGCGUUCAAGCCCCCAGUCGAUGGACCUGGGGCGCGAAAUUUAUCGCAUGAGAGCUGCCGGCGCCUGGACGUACACGAGUUCCAAGCGCUCGUAGCAUCUGCCACAGACCACGCUGUCAUUUUAUCCGACGUCGAGGCAGCGCACCAACUUGGCCAAUUUCCCAAGGAUCAGCUCGAACGAAUCGCAUGCUCGGACGUGCUUCGAUGGAUCAGGCAAUGGGUCACCAUGAGCAACCGCGAGGCGCCGCCGAAAUGGCAAGUUGCCGCGACACGUUGUGUGGACUUGUGUCGCUUGGUGGGGUCGUGGUGGGGGCAAAAGCUGUCAACGGUGCGCGACACGUUUUGCAAGCUGGAAGCUGUCUCACCACGUGACCAACACGAAGCGUUCGACUUGGACGUUCCCCAGGAGUCCAAUUACAGCUUUCUCAUGCACAUCGACAAGCCUGUUGCUACGUUCCCUGACGUGUGCGCCAGCCCAGAGUCCCCCGAGGAGGUAGCUGCCCUGGCUGUUCGAUUGCAAUUCAAAGACAACGCGACCGUCGCGAUGCCUAUGGCCACAAAAAACGAGCCGACCGCAGGCUCAACCUCGGACAUUCUCGACCAAAUGCAGCUCGACGACGAAGAAGUCCUCGAGACGGGGUUUCCUAUGGCGUGGACGAUCGAAUUCUUGCUGUGGAAAACGGUGACAGACGAAGCGGCGGCAUCUCUCGCCCGAGUCGUCGGCCACGUACUGAAUGAUCCCGUGGUGUUGGAAGCGACGUCGUGUCUGUGGCAGAAAGCGAACGUCAGCAUUGUGUAUGGCUCGAGGGAUCACGCAACCAAGCUCAUGCCCAACACCGCAUCCGAUAAAUACUACCUCCGCAUCACGUUUUUGACUCGGCACAGUUGGUUUGGUGGCAUUGAGGGCGCCUUGCACACGGACCUUGCAACGCUUGUCCAAGCUUUGCAUGUUGACCUCCAACUCAAAAAUUCAUGGCAAGAGGUGGUCGAGUACUCGAGAGCGGCCGUGCACAGGUUGCUCCGCCACGGCGACGACGUGCCAACCACCCAUUCUGCGCAAUCCAUGUUAUUCAAAUGGUUGGACGUGAAUGGAGAUGGCGAGCUGUCGCUCGAUGAAGUCAAUCGUUUCCAGCAAGUCCUUGGCCAGUCUGUGCUGGGAAGCGCCGCUCAAUUCGACCACCUCAUCACGUCCAACUCAUUGCCACGCAACGUCGACACGGGCAACUUGACAGCGCACGGUCUCGACGUGUACUUGAGCAAAUUCGGGGGCCUGCACACCGCCUGUCAAGCCUUGCGCCUAGGAUGUCUCAACGAGAUCAUCCACGGGACUCUGUCCGUCGCUGCGGCCUUCAAUCGCCGCGCGCUGUCCAAGCUCCAGUCGUUCCUAGCGUCGUGCUCUCCGUUUCAUAACGUCUGGACCAAGUGGGGAUUGUUCGCUGCGCUGCAGAUUACGGACGUGAGCACGGAGCUGUCGUUCCCGUCGGUCGUGGAAUGCAUUCAGUACUUUUGGCCGCAACUUUGCGCGCCGCUCGUGGACGUACCAGGGUGGCUAGCUUUCGUUUUGGACGACCUCGCGAGUUUGCUGUCGACGGAGCACAGCCAUGCGGGGACCUCGUCCUGCGUCCACUUGCUGUGUGCGAUCCAACUAUCGCUGCAACGGUACCACAUUCACGCACCAGACCGCGGAAAGACCAAGGGUGCAGCGGGGUCGGCGGUCGACCCAACAGCUGCCCUCACCAUGCAGGCGAUUGCAAAGUUCCACGAAGCGUGGCUGGCAUGCGAGAGCGCCGUGUGUGGGCUCCAGCAGGUUGUCGCUUCGAAUCGCGACGUUGAGUGCCGCGUCGAGUUUGACCACUUUGUCCGGCUGCCGCCGCGACCGGUCCAUUCCAGCGUCGCGCCUUGACGGAUUUCACGUCCAUUAAAUCGGUUAACUUUUUUCACAUCGUGUCGGUCUUAAAUAGUACUACUCGCCAUGGCUUUGUCCUUUCGCUUGGAUUUCUUGGCCUUGUUCUUGUGCCGCGAGUGGUGGUGGGGCAUGCCAAACGAGGUGUGAAAUGCAAACGCACUGCGCGGCGGCGGCGGAUGCGACGGCGGCGACGUGUGGAGGACGACUCUGUCUUCUGCCGCCUUCUCACGACCGUGCGCAAACACAAACUCGGGGAGGUUCUCCCACUGCAUCAUGGACGUUGACAGUGCCAUGCCAGGUGCCCGGACACCAAACUGCUGCAUGUCUGUAGCUUCAAAGAACCGAAUCGUUUGGUCGAUCGUGGUUGCCAAGUGCGGGUCAUCCGCCAGCGUCUGCCGCCUGGACGAGCCCGGGGCGCACUUGAACUCGAGGCCAAUAAACACACACUGACGUAGCACACUCGCGUCGACGUCGUCCUGGUUGGUUGGCGUGUGGACCGGAAAGUGCGUGGGCAAUGCAUGGACCCGUGCGACUCCUUUGACGUGCUGCAGACCGUCCACGAGCUUGCGCACCCUCGAGUGGACAAACUUGCUCCACACGCACAUCUCUUCCUUCGUCUGCGCCGUGUACGACAUGCCCAAGUACACAUCGUAUCGAAUGAAAAAGUUGGUCGGGGCAAACAGUUGCGACCACGCGGCGUUUUUUUCGUCCGGGUUGGUGUGCGCGAGCUCGGCAAAAUGUCGAGCGCGCCACAGCUCUUCGUGGAUGAUUUUGAACGUCGUGUGCGAGACUUGGACGGCCGAGUUCAUCGGAGGGUACGCCGGUGUGAUGAUCGGCAUGACGUGUGUUCGAUCAAACACAUUCAGCCGCGGGUCCCAGCUUUCAAGGCCAAGGCCGGCAUCGUACAGAACGUUGAGCAUGACCGGCUGGGGCCAUGCCCACUCGGACAUGACUUGGAAGAACCGGAGAAACACCGACUCGCAGUCAGUGUCGUGGGGGUACAUUUGGCACACAAAUGCGACCAGAAUUGUCCAGCUUACGCCGCCCAAGUAGCCCCAUUUGCUGGAAUAGAUUCCUCGCGCCCGCGCCCACGUUCGAAUCGCCCGGACGACCGAUCGAAACAAUUGUGGCUGCGGCACCAGGCGCAAGACGAGGGUGCUCACGCGCGGCGCAUUGAGCGACUUCAUCGACGCCGGGUCGACACCUGCCAAAAUGUAAUCCGAGUCGAUGUCCUGGGACGGGAGGACGGUCGGCAUCGGGAGUCGGGCGAACAAAAUGUCGAGCGCGACGUUGUCGUAAACGAGCGCGAUCAGCGGCACAAACGCGUUCGUGACGGGCGUGAGGGACGUCACAGCAGGACACGACCGGAGCAGAUCGACGAACGAUCCGAAAAAGUCGGCUUGGGUUACGUGCCACGGCGCGACUGCUACCGUGUCAAUGUCGGACGUCGGGUCGUCAAUUGCGAGCCGGUAUGACCCUGCAGCAAACAACGCGCCGCUUGUGAGCGCCACGUGCUCCAGCGUCAACCCUCGAUCCAUCCCAACGCGCUUCACCCACGUUACUACCAACGUUGACAGCUCACGCAGCACGGCGUGCUUGUGACGGCGGCCCAUGGCUGUGUCUAUGGGAGCCCUCGCGUUCACGAAGGCUGCCAAGGCCGAUUUGUCAAGUGCGUCGUCGGGCGGUGGAGGGGUGGCGGACAAAGGACCCUUCGAGACGAGGUUGUGCACAGCCGGUGUUAAGUGGCACUGGCGGUACAGCACAUCCCGCGCUUCGUCAAACGCGCCGCGGCCAAGCAAGUGGUAUAACGACUGCUCAAUGGCCUUGGGAAUAAUGCCACGCGAUGUCGCAUGUUCGACGGACCACAUGAGAGCAUUUGCUUGGUUGGCCAUCCGCUGGGCACGAAAUUCGUCAGCGAGUCGGGCCAACUUGGUCGCGUCCACGUCGAGGCUGGCAGUGUGGGAGCAAGUGCAGUUGAACGGGAUCGCGGCCGACAUGCGGCUCUGAAGGACAACCAUGCUGUCGUCGGACGAAAGAGAGCACUGGCAUCCGAGUGGCGGAAGGCUCGAGUCAAGCGCCGGACUUUUCAGUGCGUCACUCGCGAUGCUGUGGAUGCGUGGACUCGAGUUGUAGCUCGAGAGGGCGGUGGUGUCGGAGGACCCGUUGCUGCACACAUCGUCCAAGUCGUCGUCCAAAGAUGAGCAGUCAAAUAAUCGAGGCUUGAUCAAGGUUUUCUCUUGCAGUUCAGACUGGAAUGGCUCCGUCGGAAGCCAUCCUGGGAGACUCAUCGAUCGCGAUUCCCGACGUUUCGUUGCAUUGGGUGCGGUCUCAUGUAGCUCCAUGUUCCAGAAGCGGUCGCGCGGUUGGGCAUGGGAGUUUGGCGACCCAGAAGCGUCAACUUGUGCGCUUGAAGGAGACAACGGCGGUGUCGACGGAACUUGAGCGCCGGGUUUCAAAACUGACGCGUCGUCCGGCAUGGCCCUUCGUAUUCGAUGUGAGCAUUCAUGACGAGGGAGUUUAUCUCCGCUUUGCGGCUGGAUGGGACUCCCAUGAGAAAUGUCGAUUUCGCCUUUCCACUGCUUUCGUUCGGACCAGACAGAGUUGGGUGUGGUAAUAGUGAUGGGAACGUUGUUCGACGGCACGUUUGCUUGCGUCGACGGAGCAGCAGGCGUGGGGAUGGCUGGCAUGCUUGGUGGAGUCAAUGGUAAGAAGAAGUCGCUGUCAUCGCCUCUCUUUCGCCUGGACGUUGCUGUUCGCUUCUUGGAUGCGCCAGUGUGGCGUCCCGACGACAACUUUGGCCAUGCGUCUUCGUCGUCCGAGAUCGCAUUGAUGCGCGCAACCUCGAGCGAUUGUGUCUUGGCGGCAGAUGACUUUCCCCACGUAAACAUGUCUGGCAAAUUCGACGGGGGACAACGAGGUACGGCGGCGGCGGCGGUGGAGUCUGGCGGGGCUGUGCAACGCGUGCCGAAAUGUGUCAAUGUAAUCAGC